AUGGAUCAACAAGCUGUUCAACCUGCAGGGUUGGCUCGCGGCCGUUCACCGUCUGCCGGAAACCAACAGCCUCAUAUAAGAAAUAGUCAUUCUCCUUCGCCUCAUCCAUAUCAGUCCCCGGAAUCAUCGAUCGGCCUCGGCAUUGCCAUAGACCCCUCAUCAGCGAGCCCCCAGUUCACUUCCGACUUCAACACUUACCCUAGCAACAACGAUAGCAACCAGUUUUUGAAUACAUCACAGUCGCAGACCUUCGAUCAUCGGGGUAUUGCCGAUCCGACAUCCUUCGGGCUCAACCAAGACUACUCCCAAUCUCUCCCCUCGCAAUCCCAACCCACAUUCUCCCAGAGUCUCCUGGGUCCAGAUUUCAACAGCAGCGGCGAUUUCUCACUAUUCCCCCAAUCUACCCAAGGUGACCAGUUUGGUACACCUCUGUUUGGCGACUUGUCCCAGACACAUGCGCAAUCUCUCGACCCGAACGAUCUAACGAGCAUGACGUCCCCACAGACACACCACUCGCCUACUCCGCCGCAUCUUCUAAAGCCAGAGCCAGGUUCGGCACACCAGUCUCCAUCUUUCAACCAACAUCAGUUUCCUUCGCCUGGCCAUUCAAGACAUGCGUCAUUAGGUCCCGAGGCGGCUUUUAUGCCCGGUCAGUUGGAUUGGAAUCAACCGCAGUUUCAAGGACACCGAAGGACACCGUCAGAAUACUCGGACGCAUCGUCAGCUGCCCCAUCGCCGAAUUUAACAGGCCACGAUAGCUUCGAACACCCAGAGCACGGCCACUCGCCCAUGCAGCGACCGCAAGACUUUUAUGAUGGGGUUGUUGGGUUAGGUAACUUUAGCAUAACAGGGCCCAACCCAAAUAGUCGUAGCCCAUCGCAUAGUCCGGCUAUCUCCCCUCGAAUACUCCCUCAACGGAUGCCUGACGCUGGCCAGCAAGGUCAGAACAUCAUGUUAAAUACGGGAUAUCCUAUGGGUUACCCCGUUCAAACCUCAGAAGAGUUUCCUUCCUUGUGUCAAGAAGCGCCAAUAGACCCGUUAAUAACUCAGCCUAUGGCUCCACCGUCUAUAAAUAUCGACUUUGCGCCUAAUUCGCGACAAAAUAGCUUCGAGCCCCCGAAGCCGCCGAUGGAUGCGCAGUCUCUAACUCCACCAGAUAGGGGUCGCCCACGAUCCCGCCCGCGAGCGGUUACGGACCCCUAUAAUAGCGGAGGGGCUGUCCUCUCACGACCCAAUACCCCUGGAAGUCUGUCGCCACACCUAGGCGCCGAUUUGGCUAACCGUAGUCGCUCCGGGUCCGAGUCCUCAACUCGUUCACUUUCGCCUGGUGACCGGUCAGGUAGCGCCAAUGCUGUCUCUAGAAGGCGUCAAUCUAUGUCUGCGGUCCCCAAUAAUGUGAUAGCGCUCCGCCUAGCAGACCCGGAAUACCAAGCCGCUCAAGAUAAUGGAGGAACGAAGCGGAUCCAGAAACAUCCUGCCACUUUUCAAUGUACCCUUUGCCCCAAGCGGUUUACCCGAGCAUACAAUUUACGAUCCCAUCUGCGUACCCACACUGACGAAAGACCCUUCGUAUGCACGGUUUGUGGAAAGGCAUUCGCUAGACAACACGACCGUAAACGUCACGAGGGACUUCAUUCAGGCGAAAAGAAAUUUGUCUGCAAAGGUGAUCUCAAAGCCGGGGGCCAAUGGGGCUGUGGAAGGCGGUUCGCCCGAGCGGAUGCGCUGGGUCGCCAUUUCCGAUCAGAAGCAGGCCGCAUAUGUAUCAAGCCGUUGCUAGACGAAGAAAUGCUUGAGAGACAACGGCUGUGGCAGGAACAACGAAUGCAGAGCAUAGCGCAAAACAUGGCUCAACAACAACCGGUCAUGGACCCUAACGUUUAUCCUGGUAUAGAGACGGGUAACUAUGCCUUACCUGCGGCCUUAUUAGCACAGUACCCAGCACUAGCACAGAUGAACUGGGGUCAACCGGGUGAUAUGAAUAACGUAGAAGAUGAGCUUAGUGGUCGCUCAAGCUUUGAUGCCUCAGAUUACGAUGAUGGUGAUGAUACGGGCUACGUAAGUGGUCCUGGUACCGGUUUCGGAGAGGGCGGUCUGCAACAAAACUUCGGCGAGCAGAUUGGUUAUGCUAGUGACUAUGGUGGCCGCUAG